GAUGUCAAUUCUACUGAUGUUGCUCCGCCUAGCCUGGAAAAUGGAGAUACUCCUGCUGAGAAGCGUACUUCCCAUUCAAAGGAGAUAGAGAGAGGCCGCAGAGUGACCCAGGCAUGCAGACACCCACGUUCAAGAGAUCACAAGUACAGUGGGCGAAGUGCAAAGCAGGAAAGGCAAGAAAGCACCACCAUUGCCAGUCAAGAACACCAAGGUGAAGACGAUCGAUCCCAGCACUCCUGGGGUCGUUCAAGCAAAUCUUUCUGCCGUUCAUCAGCAGGAGCUCCCAAAUUAGGUGUUGAUGGAAUAAUCGCUCUAUUAAAAAGCAAAUGUGGCAAUGGUCGUGUCAACCUUCAGCCAGUUGUACGUUUGAUGGAUAUCAUGAAGGACCUUAGCCAACUAUCCAAUGACCUGCGAUCCAGUGGUGUCCGCCUUAAUUACAGCCAUGUCACUAGCCCUCAAUCAGAGCCUGAAGAUGCUGAGCCAGGAUUACAGUACAGCUUUUUUUCUUCUCAAAGCCUUGCUUGUGGACUGAGAAGCCCUGAGGAAAAACCUUCAGAGACCGUGGAUAAAGAAACAAACCCUGUAUCUCCCAACCCAGACUCUUCUGAGUCUGCCAGUUCAAAUGUUCUUCGAGAGCUUGCAGCUCUUGCCUGGAUGGAACCAGAGCCUAUAGAAAGUGUACAAGAAAGGGAUGAAGAGGAUAUAAGUGGUAGGGAUGUGGGAGAGAGUUCAAGCAAAAUAAGGACUGUGAAUCAAAAUGAACACGAUGAGUCAUCCGGUGAUGAGCAGAGCAAGCAUGAAAUUGUGGAGUCUGGGGAAGAACGUGAAGGUAAAAAUGAAGAGGAAUCCACUGAGCAUGAAGUAUUUAAACAGGAAACCUGUUUUGGGGAGGAACAAAAGAAUACAGAGGGUGAGGAGUCAUCAGGGGAGGAGCAUGAAGAGCAUAAACAAGAUCAGUCUGGAGAGGAGCAGGAAGAAAGUAAGCAAGAAGAGUCAUCAGAUGAAGAGCAGGAGGGGGAAUUGGCAGUUAAAACUGAAGACCAGGAAGAUCUGAAAAUUGAAGCAGGGCAAGGUAAAAUAAAUGAAAGUCAGGAACUAAUUAUAGAUAUUAAAAAGCAGGAAAGGACAGGGGGUGGCGAUAAAGAUAAAUCUUCAGAUGACGAAGAUGACAUUGAGGUAGACAAGUGUAGCCAAAUAGAAGAACCUUACAAAGAAAAGGAAAGUACCGUAGAAGAACAGAUUGACGAGAUACCGUGGAUGCUACCUCUCUUUUCUCAAACAUCAGAAACCCUUAGACGAACUCCAUUUUCUAACCGCGGACAUCGGUUUGGUUUCAGAGGCCGCAGAAGUGACAGACCAGGCAGGGGGAGGAGGAGACGACCUGGAAGGCCAAGAACAUCUGAGAGCAGUCUGUCCCGCGCAUUUGUAAUGCCUCCUUAUCAUCGAACACCAGAGGAGCCCAGGGCUUACCGGCUUAAUGAACAAAAUGCACUAUUUCCAGUUCCUGCUGUCCAUCACAAACCACCCACAGCAGAGGUUGAUCUACAGCAGGGUCCUCCACCAAAGCCAAAACGUAGGGGCAUACGCAAAAUGGUAGUUCGGAUUGCCAGAAUUCCAAUGCCAAUGGGAAGGAGAAAUAAAACAAGCUAUAAAGUAUCUUCAUUCAGUAGCACUCUAAGUGUGGAGGGUGGAGAGUUGAUUGGUGGUUCAGGCCCAGGUCCCACUUCCCUUCUAAAGAUGAAAAACAAUGGACGUAAUGUAGUAAUGGUGUUUCCACCUGGUGAACUUCCAAUCAUUCUUAAGAGACGACGAGGUCGGCCUCCCAAAAACUUGGUCUUGGCUAGAGAUACACCACCAGUCCUUCCUCAACCACCUCCUGUUGAACCCACACUACUGCCACAGCCUACUCCUAUGCCCACUCAACCAGUUUCAGAAGGAGAGUUUGUGAAGAAAAGGAGGCGAAGAAAGCAAAAACUACAAUCACCCCAGCCUUCUUAUGUUGCAGACACUAACGACAGCAAAUCUGACUACAGUGAUGUACUGGCAAAACUUGCUUUUCUCAACCGACAAAGUCAAGGAGCAGUGAGAACCUCACCUCCUCGUUGUUGGACACCAACAUUACCAGAGUCCGUGCACCAAGCACCUGGAACACCUAAUAUAUCCCAAUACCUUCAUAGAGUUCAGGGCUAUCGAAGAAGAGGAGGUCGUGGGGGAGGACCAGGGCGAAGAGGAGCUUGCAAUAGCCACAAUGCAGAACUGUCCCGCUGUUCUUUUAGUGAAUUUUUUGAAGGCAUUGGGAAGAAGAAAUCAAAACCAAGAACCGUUGAUCCUUUGAAACCACGGAAACGGAGACAGCCAAAGCCUGAACCAGACCCUAAUGCUAAACCCAAGCGCAAGAGAAGAUCUCGAAAAAAUGGUGCUCUGCUUGGUGACAUGGGAGAAGAACCUAGCUACCAAGGUGUGUCAGAUUGGGGUGGUGAGAGUAAAAGUGGUCCAUGGGCAUCACAGCUUUCCAGCAGUCAGUCAGGUAAUCGACCUUGCAAUUACCAAGGCCCUGAACGUGCAGGUUUUUCUGCCUUGCACGAUGGCUCACCAUCUCGUCCAGGUUAUUAUGGGGGAACAGGAUCUGUUACCCAUAGUGAAAGUGGAGGGCAGGAUCGCCAUGGACUUUUUACAGGCUAUUUCCGAUCGCUGUUGGAUUCUGAUGACUCUUCUGACCUUGUGGAUUUCUCUUCUGUUGCACAGAGACAAGAAGCAAGAAAAUCUGCAUCUGCCUUCUCUGGGUCAUCAGCCUCACCCAACCCAAGGGCACUUCAGUCUUACCCCAGUUCUCGGGGAGGGAAAUCUAGCAAUUCAGAAUCACCAUACCAAAGUUCAGCAGCCUCCAGGCAGCCGUUCCCUCCCAACCGGGGAAACACAAAUUAUGUGUCACUUACCCAACAAGAAUGCCGUGGAUCUGAUGCCUUUCAAAAGCUGUUGUCACGUUCUCCCAAUUCCCAACAUUCUGGAAACUUUGGCCAGUUUGGAGCCUUUACAGGAUCUACUGGUCAGAACAUACCUGGUCAUGGAAUUUUUGCACCAAACAAGCAGUACCCUGCUCCACCUGACUGCUUAGGGAAUAAGGACUGUAGUUUUUCCUUCACUGGUGGUGGUAAUAGCCUACCGUCAUCACCAGGCAGCGCCCACAGUAGCACUAGCUUCAGCCAGCAGCAACAGAUGUCAGCAGCAGGUUCAGGGUCUAAUGUAGCUAAAAGUCCUUUUUUCAGCACAUCAGAGUUGCCACCAUAUCCACCACUUAGGAGUGAAAGCCGUUCAGGCACCUCUUCACCUGCAGGCUAUAUGUUGCCUAAGGUUUCUGGUCCUAUGUUUCCAGGUGAAAACAGCCGCACCUUUCCAGCAUCAGUAGGAACAGGACAAUGGGGAUUUCGACAAGGUUAUGGACAGUCUGACUGGGGCCCUGAUAAUUUUGGGCAACUUUAUGGGCCUGGGUUUGACUGCCACAUGACUGAAUCUAAUGUAAUCUUGGACAUAAGCAACUAUACACCACAGAAGGCUAAACAAAACACUGACAACAUGUCAGAGUCGUCCUCCGACAGUACUCAGUACACUCAACCUGGUGCAGGCUAUCGCAGAGCCAACAGUGAAGCCUCUUCUAGUGAAGGGCAGUCUAGUCUCUCCAGCCUUGAAAAAUUGAUGAUGGACUGGAAUGACACUUCAUCUGCACCCGGUUACAGCUGGAACCAAACUGUCCUCUUCCACCACACAGCUAAACCUGGCAGAGGCCGAAGAAAGAAAACCGAUAUAUUUGAGCCAUCACCCCACCACCACCUGGGCUUUUCUUCAUCCUCUCCAUCUUCAUCAUCAUCAUCUGCUGCUGCCCCUCCAUCUGGAUUUCCCACCAAAAGAGGAGGUGGGCCCAGGGGUCCAAGAGGUGGGCGAGGUGGAAAUUGUACAGCCAACAAGAAAGAGAGGGGUUCAGGCAAAGCUAAAUUUUCCCCAAAGCCUCCUGCUCCACCACCAUCCUCCUCAGUCAGCUCCCUCUUUCAGGACACCUCAGAUUUAGGACUGGACUGCUAUAGUGGAGAUAGCAGCAUGUCACCUCUGCCCUCCCACUCGCGGGCGUAUGGGGUGGGUGAGAGGGAGCCUCCUUGUGAUUUCUCUGGACCUUAUUCCAUGAAUCCAUCUACCCCUUCAGAUGGCACAUUUGGCUUCCAGAGUGACUCUCCUGGGCUGGGCCCUCCCUCCACAGAGCUUGAACCUAGUAAACACUUCUCCCAUCUCCCUACAGUUGGCAACACCAACACUGGUGCCCCACAUCCUCCACCACCCCCACCUGGACUGGGGUAUGAUCACCCGCUACAAGACUCGCCCUUUUCCCCUAACUGCUCCCCAACACUUGAGCUGCGGCCAGGGGAGGGAAGAAAACUUGUACCCCCUCCCCACUCAUCCUGUGAUCCCCUGAAACACAGCCUGCCUCCCCACUUACCCUCUUGUAGGGAGCAACUUCCUCCACAGCCCACAUCGCACCAUCGCUAUGACCCUCCCAGCUGCAAAAAUGCUGGCUACUGGUAUCCACCCCGCAGUCCACCUUAUGAUGGUAAGGGUGGAUUACUUUCAGACUUCAUGGGCAGGCGAGCAGAGGGUGUGUCCUGCCUGAGCCCUCAUAUCCCAAGCCCUAAAAGAGACAAAGAGACGCUGGACAUGGUAAGGGGGCAUCACAGAGCCUCAUAUCCCUGCCCCUUGAUCAGUGAUAUUACCCAUUCCCCUGUGCAGAGAGACUCCAUGGUGCAGCUCCAGGAUACUUAUCGUUACCCAGCCUUCCCCCCCCAGGGUCCCCCAGUUCUUUCACCCCCAAACCUGAAGGGUGGUUUCUUGGGACCCGAGAACAUACCAGAGGACAACUUCACAGUCACCUCCCUCUAG